CUGUCGUUCGCCAACUUUGUGCCCAAAUGGUGCUGCCUGCCAGACAACCUCACCGCUAUCCAGGAGGAACAUUGUCGGGAAGAAGAUCAGCUCAACAGUUCUAUGUUUGGCAAGAUGUGCCAGGUCAACGAGACCAGCUGUAGUCGCCGUGUCUUCGCUACUGGCGCCAGAACCUUCGUGUAUGAGUGGGACUUGGUAUGUGAGAGAAAAUGGAUGGUUCCUAUAACGACAUCCAUACAGAUGGCUGGACUGCUCGUGGGCGGCUUGCUGGCAGGGCAGAUGUCGGAUCUGCUUGGCCGAAAGAAAACCUUAUACUUCUUCACGGCUACCACUGCCGUGUUUUGUUUUUUGGCUGCCUUCUCCACGUCGUGGGAAAUAUUUGUCAGUGCAAUAUUCCUCAUUGGAACAUCACUGGGUGGCUACCUAGCCGCUGCUGUCCCAUACACGACAGAGUUUGUCUUGCUAUCCAGUCGGACAAUUGCAUCCAUCUUACCCAGCUUCAAUAUUGGCGUCUGCUUGAUGGCUCUUGCCGCCUGGAGAUUGCCACACUGGUCUACGCUGUACUGGAUGUGUGGUGUCAUGAUCACUCCACUGUUGCUGCCUUAUUUCUUCCUACCCGAAAGUCUGCGAUGGCUGACGGUCAAAGGUCGAGUAGAUGAGGCACAACAGGUCGUGGAGUGGAUAGCACGUUGGAACAAACAGGAAGUACCCAAGGACAGUUUAGAAGUGAUUAAAGCUGUAGCGGAGGCUGUAAAAAUGUCAGAGAAAACUACAAACUACACGUACAUCCACAUAUACAAGGGCUGGGGUCUGUUCAAGUCUUCGGUCAUCAUACAAUACAUCUGGCUCGCCUUGUCCAUGUGUAGCUACGGUUUCGCGUUUGGCGUCUCAUCGUUUGGAUCCAACUUGUACUUGAAUAUUUUCCUUAUGCAGGUCCUUAGCAUUCCGGGUGUUUUUGCAGUAACAUACUCUACCAGCAAGGGCCUAGGAUAUGGCGCUGCUAAUGUGUAUUCAAGAGUAGGAGCUAUAUUAGCUCCCUUUCUACUGAACUUCGAAGAGGGACCGACUCUUGCAUUGGCUAUGGUUGGAGGAUCGCUGCUUCUCGCCGCUUGUGCAGUCUGCUUCCUGCAGGAGACAGCCGGGAAAGCUUUGGCAGAAUCCAUCACAGUUGCUGGGAAAACAACUAUCAACCAGUUGGAGACUGAGGCUCCCAAAAUCAACAUUUUUGUGAUUGAAAAGGCCGCCAAUACCAAUAACGUUAGGGAUGACGUUGGAGACGCCCCAUCAAAGAAUGACAUCAACGUUGCAAGGCACCGUCGUUUCACCGCCUAUUUUCAGCAACCUGAACCAGAUCAAACCUAUUCAGAUGUUGGCUCCCACUGCGAGAGACUAUCUUUUUCAAAGUACUCCUUACACAUCAUCUAUAUAAGUUAUACUAACAACGUAAUCCGAAUUCAUGUGUUCAUCUACAAGCUGUCGUUCGCCAACUUUGUACCGAAAUGGUGCUGCCUGCCAGACAACGUCACAGCCACCGCGGAGGAACAUUGUCGGGAAGAAGAUCAGCUCAACAGUUCUAUGUUUGGCAAGAUGUGUCAGCUCAACGAGACCAGCUGUAGUCGCCGUGUCUUCGCUACUGGCGCCAGAACAGUUGUCUAUGAGUGGGACUUGGUAUGUGAGAGAAAAUGGAUGGUUCCCACAACAACAUCCAUACUGAUGGCUGGACUUCUAGUGGGUGGCUUGGUGAAAAAGACUGUGUACUUCUUCACUGCCACAAGUGCGGUGUUUUGUUUCUUUGCAGCGUUCUCCACGUCAUGGCAAAUGUUCGCCAGUGCAAUAUUUCUCAUAGGAGCAUCACUGGGCGGGUACUUCGCUUCUGCUGUACCGUACACGACAGAGUUUGUGCUGCCAUCUAGUCGAGUAAUUGUAUCUAUGUUACCCAGCUUCAACUUUGGUGUCUGUCUGAUGGCUCUUGCCGCCUGGAGAUUGCCAGACUGGUCUAUGCUGUACUGGAUUUGUGGUAUCCUCAUUACUCUGCUAUUGCCGCCAUACUUCUUCCUACCAGAAAGUCUCCGAUGGCUGACGGUGAAAGGUCGAGUAGAUGAGGCACAACAGGUCGUGGAGUGGAUAGCCCAUUGGAACAAACAGGAAGUACCCAAGGACAGUUUAGAAGUGAUUAAA